AUGGCCACCAGUUUUGAUGCCCUACCCAUCAUCGACGUCUCGGCCCUCCGCCAUCACUCGCCCUCGGAGCUGCCCGAGCUGAGCCAGCGUCUCCAUGACGUCUUCACCACCACCGGGUUCGCCUAUCUGGCCAACCCCCCGUUGAGCUUUUCCCACGACGAGGUCUUCAGCAUGGCCCGCGAGUUCUUCUCUCUGCCCCCAGAGCGCAAGAUGGCCCUGGCCAAGAGCUCCUUCCGGGCGGAAAACCACAACGUCUACCGAGGAUACUUCCCCACGCAGCCGAUGCAGGACACCGACAACCUCAAGGAAGGCUUCGAAAUAGGCCCCCCGACCGCACCACUCACGCCUGCCACCCCCUCGAAGAUCCUCCUCUCCGAGCCCAACGUCUGGCCCGCCGGGGACUUCCAGUCGCGACGUCGCCUGGAGCAACUGUACGCUGAGCUCCAGACUCUAGCGUCUCAGCUCCUCUCCCUCCUGGCAUUGUCACUGGGAAAGCCGGCAGGCUUUUUUGACGACUACCUGGUCGACUCCCUGAGCACCCUGCGUCUUCUCCACUACCCCGUGGUAUCACCCGCCCCCCGGGACGACUCGGAUUCGGGACUGGGGUCGAGCCCAGAUGUCCCCUCGGACGUCCGGCUGAGCUGCACCCCCCACACUGACAGCGGCAUCCUGACCCUCCUGCAUCAAGACCCGACGGGGGGCCUGGAGGUCCGCAACGCCGCGGGACGCUGGAUUCCCGCCCCGUAUAUCCCGGGAUCCUUGGUGGUGAACAUCGGCGACCUGAUGGCCACAGUCUCGGGGGGUCGGUUCGUGGCCACUAUGCAUCGCGUGCGCGCCCCGGCAGGACCCCGCGAUGGGAUCCCAAGGCGCCUCGGUCGGAUCAGCGUGCCCUUCUUCUUCGAGCCCGGGGAGGCGUGCGUGGUGUCGCCCGUCGACGGGGAGGGUGAGGCGGUGGUGUACGGGGACCAUGUGCGGUCAAAGAUGCAGACGUGGGUGGAGUAUCAGGAUCUGGAGGGUUGACGGCACGGACCAUUCUUACUGGCAUAGAGAGGGAGAAAGUCAAAGGUUGCCUGCGGUAGGAGCUCGGGAACUGCAUUUUCACGUGCGCUGCAAACAGGUAGUGGGUAAUUAUACCGUUAAUGAGGGAUAGAUGGCUUUCAAACGGUGAUGUUGACACACGCUUGGUUAUACACGGAUGGGCUGACAAAUGUAAUAUUCGGUUGGUUGUCAUAUCCCAGAAUU